UUUAAAAAAAUUUUACAGGAGAAAUUUGCCUGGAUAAUGGAAGCACGCGCAAAGGACCGAUUUUUGAUUUUCGAUAUCGUUAUAUCGUUUUUCCAUUUUCUUUAUUCAGUUUUGAAUAUCGACAACAUUUUAUGGAUUAUUAUUGCUUUAAUAAAUUACCAAGAAGAUAGUAACCUACUUCGUAAAAGUUUGAAUAAACAGUUCAAGUUGUGUUUAAUGUCUGACACACACCGCCUGCAUCCUAAGCACACUGGUCGAACAGAAUCUGAUGCAGUUGCUGUUUUUCCAAGAACAACCGUUUGCAAUAGCUGCUUGGAACCAUUAUCUCAAAAUGAGAAAACAUCCUUUCAUUGCAAUCAGUGUGACUAUAAAGUGUGUACUAGGUGUGAUGAACCACAAACCCAUCCUGUGCAUCCUAAUCACCAAUUGUACCUAGUUACCCCAACGAGUCAAUGGAGAUGCUAUGUAUGCAAGAGACCUAAUACAGAAAUUAAGGAGACAGUUUGCUAUAAUUGUGAAAUCUGUGACUUUCUCUUGUGUAAGAAUUGUUCUAGUGAUAUCAAUAGUCAACUUCAUCAACAUACUUUACUUCGUACUGAUGUCAGAUUAGUUUAUGGUCAGUCAAGUGGAGACUGGCGCUGUGAUAUCUGUGGAAACAACAAUGGACCCGGAGAUUUCUACCCAGCACAUUGUCAGCAAUGUCAGUUUGAUCUUUGUGAAAACUGCUUAAAGCCGUACAGGUCUACAUACCAUGGUGAAGAGCAUUUGCUGUAUAAAGCUGAUUCAACCAUAACAUAUCCUCUGUAUCAUGGUGGAUGGCGUUGUGAUAGAUGUUUACGAAGUUUUGCUCCACACGAGAAUAACAUUCCUUUUCAUUGUUCCCAAUGUGAGUUUGACUUGUGUCCAAGCUGCAUGAACACCACUGGUAUGCCGUCAAACAAAGCUGGUUUUGAUGUACCAAGAGCGGCAGCUAGAGUUGAAACUAGAAGUCCUCCUCUAGGGACAAGAAGUCCUGCUCCAGUUACUGCUAGUGGAAAACCAAUAUCAUCUCCUUCUGAGGAAGUUGACAAUAAUGUCGGUGCUACAGGACCUCCAGGAGCUCAGGAUGACGUCGGAAAUUGUGUAAUAUGUCUUGAAAGACCUAAAGAUGCUACAAUUGUGCACGGAACGACAGGUCACGUCUGCUGCUGCACAUACUGUGCUUCGGAAUUGUUUAGAAGAGGAGAAAAUUGCCCUAUCUGUAGAGCUCCAAUUCAAACUGUUAUCAAACAGUACACCGUUUAGGAUACUCUUCGGCGACAGUGUCUCGUCUGUCGGCUUUCGUGGCAGUUUAAGCUUCACGUGGACACGGCAAACAUCAGGCAAAGAAAAUUUAAAAAUACAAAGAAACUGUUUUUAGUUUUAAAGCUGUAAUAGAUCUUGGUUAUUUUGUGAUAGGAGAAAAGUUAUGAAAUGAAAAAGGUUGAGUAGAAAUUCUCGUACGAAAGUUCGACCCUGCCUAGCCGGAAAACAUGCAGCUUCAACUGCCUUUCAUGAGGCAUACAUACAUAACAUACAUGCACGGAAAAGUUCCUACCAAACACGUUGUCGAUAAAGAAACGUAGGAAAAAGAGAGCUCAUUUAUUGCUCGUUUUGUUCCUGAAAGCCAGACUAUGCGAAGAUGUAAAUUGUUGCUUAAGCAAAGUCCGAACACUGUAUAAUAAUAACUGAGACGUUGCGAAUAAAACCUCGUUCAAAAGCAAGAGAAAGAGUUAAGAGUG